UUGUAACUAAAUAAGAUACGACUGACAAGGAAAUUAAGGUUUCACAAACAACAAAAUAAAUAUUGAAAAUAGCAUCUACAGAGACAAAUGGUAUCAGUAAUACCAUUGAAUACAGAAACAUUGUUGAAGGACCAAAGGAACACUAAAUAUUGGAGAAUUUAGCUAAACUUCUCAUAUUUUUGGCUAGAAAAAGAAAGCUAAUAGGAUUUAGGAAGAACAUUCAUUAAAAACGAUCCGCUAAAAGGAUGUAAAUGCACGAAAAGGCUUGACUGAUGAUAUUAUGCAGCCAGAUGUCUCACAUCAUCGAAGAUUUUCCUCUAUCAAACACACGCACAUAGAAAACGAUAAGAGUCACUGGACGGACUUUCCUAGCCACAUGGAAGGGGCUUACCCUUUUCAAACUUACACCAUAUUGUUUUGUAAGCAUAUAUAAGUAUAAAUUACAGCAUCAAAUUAUUUGCAUUUCAGUAUACGUUUCGUUGCAGAUCGUAUUGUUGCAACUGAUCACAAUGAAAUACCUGCUUAUCUUUGCGUUUGUUGCCAAGUUUGCAGUGGAGGCUGGAGCCGACUGCGGUGUGGUACCAAUGACUGAAUGGAGCGGUUCAGCAUCUCUACGUAAAACUCCUCUGCCUGGACCAGUGAAUAUUGUGAUUAUCCAACACGCAGUAACUCCUACUUGUGCUACAGAUGUCGACUGCCAAAACUUUGUGAACGCUAUACGACAAUACCAGAUGGGGAAGCUUCAUUUCGAUGAUAUCGGACCUUCGUUUUUAGUUGGUGACAAUGGCAAGGUUUACGAGGGCGCCGGAUGGGACCUCGUCGGUGCUCACACUUUAGGAUAUAACAAUAGAGCUAUCGGUAUUUCAUUUAUUGGAGAAUUUACAGAUAAACUGCCAUCAGCAGAAGCAAUGGAAGCAGCUAAGAACCUAAUAGCGUGUGGCGUCGAUCAGAAACAUCUGACUGCAGAUUACCAUUUAGUAGGCCAUCGUCAGCUUACUCUCACACAAAGUCCUGGAGAUGCAUUACAGAAGGAAAUACAAUCAUGGCCGCAUUGGCUUGAUAAUGCUAAAGAAACUUUAAAUUAGAAUAACUAAUUUUGCAAUAAAAAGCAGCGAUAGCCUACUUGGGUGUGGAACGGACUGCCGAGAUGAAUGUCCGCAGGUUCAUAUCUCAAGAGCACACACCUUUGAUUUUUAUAAAAUAAU